UGUGCAAGUUGGUAGAAAAUAUAAUAGACGACAGAGCGCCGACCCAAUUUAGUGAUUUUCAAUGCACGCCUUCCAACACGACUCCCAUCCCCCAUCAUCUUCGCAUCGAUACAUCCAAUUCCUUUCUCCAAUCCCUAUUUCAGAUCAGAUCACAUCACAAACAACCCAAAAUCAAAAUCUAGGGUUUAUCAUCUCCUUCUAUAUACUAAUAUACAUUGUACAUGUUUCCACAAUUAACCCCAGAUUUCCUUUUAUCGCCAUGUAUCGUAUUCUCCAUCUUCAUCUCCCAUCAACACGAUUCUAGUCAACAUUGAUAAACCCAGCAGUUUCUCCAACAAUUUUCCUCCAAUUUGAAGAUCAGGAACCUGGGUAUUUGUUUCCGAUCGAUGGAAUCAUCUGGUUUCUUCAUAAUCUGUCUUCUCCAUUCCUCAAUCGCCAUAUCAUGCGGUGGCUUGAUCAUGUUUUACCUAAAUGAGAUCUCGGUUUUCGGCCAUGGAAUCGAGACUGCUCGGAAACUAUCCGGAUCGACGCCACAUGAUCAGCUGUUGAUACAGACAUCUCAUUCUUUCGUGGGAUUGCUUCUUUGUGGCAUUGGAUUGAUCUAUUUCAUGGUUGCAUUCGUUAAAGAUCGAGAGUUUCAAAGCUUUUUCGCGAAAGGGUGUGUGAUUCUUCACUUGUCAAUGGCUCUGUGGAGAAUUUAUUUUGAGAGGAAACUCGAAGAUUUGGCUAGCGAUUGGCCUAAGCAAGUCGUUGGCGAUACUCUCCUUGCGACUUCUUGGUUGUCUUUUUUGGUGUAUUCUUGGAGAGAAAAGUACGAUUAGAAUGUUUCUACAUUUAUUGUAGUAAUGGUGAAAUUUAUAAAAUCCUUAAUGUCAAGAAUGUUUCUACAUACAUGUUGAAUUAAGUAUUGAUAAUUUGAUA